AUGGACGUCUUCAUGCUCACAGAUGCCGUCAUUCGCGAUGUAUACGCCGUCACGGUCUUCAUCAAACAAGUAGUGGACAACUUCGGGUCGUAUGGCCCUGACACGGACCAAAUCAAACGAAAAUUAGUACACGAGCUUCUUUAUGUCGAGACGUUCCAGUCAAAUUUCUUCGAGGACCCUGAUAAUGCCGAAGCCUACAGAAGUCAAUCCCCCAUGCUUCAAGCAGACGUCAAAUCGACUCUCGACAGCCUCAAUAAGGUGUUGGCAGAGUAUGGGAUUGAAGCUGCCAAACAUGGUAUCUUGACAGAGGAUGAAGAGCAGGUUGAUCCUGUGUCAACGACGCGGCCCAAAAAGAGCGCCGAAGGCAAGGGACACAGUCGGCUUCACAAAAGGAUCGAGAAUUAUGUCUCGGCGGUCAAAGAAAUCAGAAAAAAGUUGGUGUGGUCUCUCUUCGAGAAGGACAAAAUCCUCCAAAUGCUGGUCGAGUAUAGCGAGUGGACAAACCGCCUGCGACAGUCCUCGGCCCUCAUGACGGAGAAAAUGCUUUGGAAAGGCUACAAAAGCUUUGCGGAGUUUGCUAACACGAAGAGUGCACAGGCUCUGGGAUUGCAAGAUGUUUUCAAACGACGAUUGCUCAUCAAUACCCUGCCGCCAGACAGCUUUACCUCGCUGGACGGGUCCAUUGUCGCACAUUCUGAGCGAAUGAUCACAUCCAACGUGGCCGUUGCCAAGUUCCAAGCCCACGACACACUGGAGCCAGCCGAAGUUGUGCUGGAGUAUCUUGCAUACAACAAUGCGCUACGGCAAGCUAUUGAUGCAAAACAAGACGCAGCGAUCACGGAGCGCAUGCUCCCGUACAGACAGUUGGCCUGGAUGCUCAACCAGGCGCCGUUUCCCCACGAAGCCGACAGCGAUGCCAUUCUGGCCGCCACGAGUCCGGCCCUGCUCACCUUGCGAUGUCUCGGUUACAUUAAUCAGGUCGCAGAAAAGCGAAUACAGUUCCUGUUCGAGGCUCCCAAGAUGAGUGUCAUGCAAGAACAGCUCUCGAUCAUGUCUCUCCAUCGUCUCAUUCAGGGCACCAAACCACCACCGGCGCCUACCUCGGACACCGUUUUCCUGCGGAUGUGGGAUGACUACUGGUCGUCGAGGAUCCGUCCGGAGGCCAGCGCUGGACGCAUGAGCACACAGCCCCUGCGGGACCGAUUCUUCCUGGCAUAUGCGCUGGCCUUGACGGUGCUGAACAUUCACAGCUCUGGCUGGGUCCAUAAGCACCUGUGGAGUCGCGGCGUCAUCAUCGUACCCUCCACCAAGCCGUCCCGGCAGUCCAGGUCGACCUAUUUGAUUCCCUAUGUCGCGGGAUGGGACGUCGCUCGUCCCACGGCAGCCAAGGAGACGGAUUAUAUGGCCGAUUACGACGCCGAGGCGAAUCUGUACCGUCAUCCGAACCGACAACAGAAGCCGUCAGCACGGUACACAUUGAUCCACGACUUGUACUCGCUCGGGGUGCUGCUGAUGGAGAUCGGGGCAUGGAGCACCGUCGACAACAUGUUCCGAAGCCAAAUCAGAUGGGCGAAGAAGCAGGGCAGAGCCCCAGACGUCGACAUGGUCCGAGUGGAAUGGCGGAGGACCGUAAAGGCCGAGGUCGAACGCCAGAUGGGCGAGGGCUACGCAAACGCUGUCGCAUGCUGCUUGCUGAGCGAUUUUGGCGUGGCCGUAGACGAUCAUGCUGACACCAACCUUGCUGUCAGGUUCAAGACCACCGUGGUGGACGCCAUCAAACUAGGUAUAGCUCUUUAG